UUUCUCGCUUCGCAUUAAAAUUGGUAUCUUCCUCGUCUUCGGAGUUGGUUCCAUAUCCUACGCCAUCUGUUCUUCUUCCUUCUCCGGCUAACGUCAUGAUUCUACCCGGCGGUGUAUUUAAUUCGUGCGCUUAGUGCUGAGGGGGAAACCCUAAUCCCUCGUCAAAUCUUGCGCUUCCAUUGCGUUAUAUUUCGAAAUCAGGAACAGUAGUGGAAGAGAAUCGUAUUUAUGUCCCAGCAUCAUUCCAGGGCUGAAAAGAACGAGGGACAUCUCAGGAAAUCAGGCCGUUCAGGAAACUUCGGGCAGCAUAAGAGUUUCUCCGGCGGUGGAAAGGGCGGCAGCGGCGGCGGCGGCUCUAGCCCGGCUCCUGCGUUCUCGGCAUCGCCUGCUACGCACCCGUCUUUUGCGCCUCAUGUCUUGCCGGCUAACCGAAGUUUCAAGAAAUCUGAUAAUGGUCAGGUAGGGCAGUCUAGGGGGAGCACGGUGUGCUCCAACUCAGAUGCCGCACAGAGAACUGGAAAUGAUGAAGCUUAUUCCACGGUCCUUUCUGAUGGGUCCGCUAUUCGACCUACAAUCCUCAAUGUUAAACCAGAGGAUCCACCUAAUAAUCUGAAAAUUGCCGGAACAGUUCCUAAAACCGUAGCUGCACAACCUUCUGCUGCUUCUAGUGCCGCUGGAUCAUCUGCCCAAAUCAAAGGGGAUGCAUCCGGAGGUUUCCUUCAGUUUGGAACCAUCAAUCCUGGGAUUGUAAAUGCCAUGCAGAUUCCGGCUCGAACAGCUUCAGCUCCACCAAAUCUUGAUGAACAGAAACGUGAUCAGGUCUGCCAUGAUUCAUUUAAGGCUGUGCCUACAUUGCCUAUACCCUCUAUUCCAAAACCACAGCAGCAGCAGAAACAAGAAAAUCAGCAACCAAGGAAGGCUAUUGAAGGUGUCAGUAAACCUGACAAUGGAGAGACUCAUCCUCCCAUGCAGGCAAAGAGGGAUAUGCAAGCACCCAUUCCAUCUGUCCCCCCUCUUAAUGCAACAACAACAAGAUCUUCUGUUCUUCCCGCAGGUGGAAUGCCAAUGCCUGUUCCCUUUCAGCAGCGACAGAUAUGUUUUCCGUUUAGGGGUCCCAAUCCACCGAUGCCUUCGCAAAAUAUUGUUGCUAGCUCAGUACAAAUGGCAUUACCUGCAGGAAGUGUCCAACAAGUUCCUCAGCAGUUGUUUGUUCCUAACAUCCAGUCUCAUCCAAUGCAACCUCAGGCAACAAUGCAUCAGGGCCAAGGCUUGGGAUUUAACCCUCAAUUAGGUCGCCAAGUGCCUCCUCAAUUAGGAAGCAUGGGAGUUGGUAUUGUCCCUCAAUUUACCCAACAACAGCCUGGACAUUUUGGUACUCAAAGAAGAGCUGUGAAAAUAACUCAUCCACAUACCCAUGAAGAGCUUAAACUUGAUAGAAAGACUGAUUCACAGGCAGAUGCUGGUUCCUUUGGGCAAAGGCACCUUCAAAAUGUUUCUUCUCAAUCUCAAUCUCAAUCUCAAUCUCUUCCGGCUUUUAGUCCUUCUCCCCAGAUAAAUUAUUAUAAACCACCUUACAAUACUACACAAAUGUUUUUCCCUCCAUCCUCUCUUCAUCUAACAAAUAAUCAGUUGCCAACUGGUGCUCAUGCUGCAAGUUUUUGCUAUCCAAUUAAUCAAAACGUGCCGGCUAUUUCGUUCAUGAAUCCAUCCUCCCUUAAUCCAGUACUAGGUGGCAGAACAGGGCCUCCACCUCCAUUGCAUGGUUUGGCCGAAGCGGCACGCACAGAAGGGUCAUCAUUUUCUAUCUCAUCAUCAGCUCCUGUCCAAGUGAUAAUUAAACAGGCCGUUCCUAUUUCAGAAAACACUGGUAUAUCAACAGUAAGGGUUAGCUUGCCUGGUAGUGGUACCAGAACAGAGCAACCAAAGCUUUUGAAAUCACUGGGUGAUGUUUCAUCUGUUCCCCACCAGAAGAAUAAUAAGAUUAAUCCAGAAAGUAGUGUAAUAAUCCAGAAGCCAAAUUCUGAACUAUCUGGAAUUGGCCCUUCGUUUUCAAUUGAUAAAAUCUUAUCCACAGUUUCUUCAACGGAUUUGACUCAAAAUAAUAAAACUGAAGCAUCACCAUCAUUGCAUUUGGCUAAUGUCAGGGAUUCUCUCUCUAUUAUGGAGGAAAAUGAUGAUCGGAAAAAGGAAGCUAAGCAACAAUUAGAAUCAGUUAUCGAUCACCCGGUAAUGAAAAGUAAAAAGGAGCCUAGGCUUCCUCAGCAACAACAGGAUAUGAUUGGAGCUUGUACUGACAAUGGCAAAUGUACAAGCAUUCCUAGUGUAUCAACAGCUGAUUCACCCACUUCUACCCCUAGGCUGCUUUCUGCUGAUGUAGAAUAUAGGAAUUCGGAAACAGUUUCGAAGACUGAUUUUAUGAGAACCUCUGUUCCUUCUGUAUUUCCAUUGGAGAAGGCUGAUCAAGGUUACGAACAUGCAGAGGUUGUUUGGAAUAAACUUUCUCUUAAGGAGGCAGGUGACCCACAAUCUUCAAAUUCUUCAAUUCUUAAUGCCACUGGGAUUUUGUCUGAAACACCUUGUUCUGUUCUCGAUGGAUCCAUGGUUGUAGAGUUUGGACAGAAACAAGAGAAUUUGGUAGCAGCACAGGAACGGCGAGGUGAAAUAUCAUAUAAUGCUUUAGUAAGUAGCACUUCUGCUGGAGAAACUGUUUCCACUACAGGAUGUUUACAGAUGAUUCCUGAGGCAGUAAACCAUGAAGUUAAAGAAAAAACACCUGAAAAGAGCAUUUGUGCUGAGCUUGAUACUUCUGUGGGAAUUAUCUCUGAGAUUGAUGGGACAAGAUUGUUGAGUACGCAUCCCAUUUCAUCCUCUGAUAGCAAUUCUUCUGCAGUGGGGCUUUUUGGUCAAGUUCCCUCCACCAUUCCCAUUGAAGCUAAACCUCUACAGGUAGAUUCCACAACAAGAAGUUGUGAAUUACCAUACAUUGAGGAGAUUGAUGUAAAAGAAUCUGCUACACUACCACCAGAAAAUAUUUCUAUACCUCUUCCACUGUUCACAAAAAUAGAGCAGAACAUGAAAGGUGAAGUUGUGGAACGGUCUUUUGGAUCUCCAAGAGUGAUUUCAGGGUCAAAGGGCAAGCAUGAGCCUAAGAAAGCCAGAAAUAAUAGAAAGAAGAAAAUAAAGGAAAUUCUUUCGAAGGCUGAUGCUGCUGGUGCAUCUGAUUUGUACAAUGCAUAUAAGGCUCCGGAGGAAAAGCUUGAUGCUACUGUUAGCACUGCUGAUACUGAUAGCAGAUGUUCAACAGAAGAAUUGAAGAAUGGAACUUUGCAAGGUUGCUGUAAGGCUACACAUGCUGUUGAAGGAGAUGAACAGGACAAAGCUGACGUUCAGGACUGGGAGGAAGCAGCUGAUGCAUCAACUCCAAAAUUGAGAACCUCAGAUAAUGAUGUGGAAAAACAGAACCAAAAUGACCAUGGGAGUCAGUCUACUGGUAGAAAGAAAUACUCGAGAGAUAUUUUAUUGACUUUUUCAGACAAAUGCAAUGAUCUUCCUGAAGGUUUUGACUAUGGAUCAGACAUAGCAGAUAUAUUGAUGUGUAAUCCUGUAGGCACAAACCAUGAACCGCGUUUUAGUCCUCGAAGGUUAAUUGAUAGGUCUCUAGGGGCUUCUCGGGGUGACAAACGUAUCGGUGGCAUCUCAGAUGAUGAUAAGUGGGCAAGAGCAUCCAAUGCUUUCCACAUGGAUCUCAGUCAUGGAACUGCAUCUAUGAACUUCCUUCUUGGACAGACGGUCAAUAAUGGAGUCCUCAGAAAUCCACGCAUGCAAUCUCCCAAUCAUUUUGCUAAUGGAAUUCUCUCUGGGUCUAUGCAAUCACUUUCUUCUCAGGUAGGGAUGGCAAGGAAUAAUCUAGAUAUUGAUAGGUGGCAGCAUGCCAGUGGAAUUCAAAGAGGCUUAUUCCCCUCUGCUCAGGGACCACUGCAAACAAUGCACAAAUCUUCUAACAGAUACGAAGUUCGAAAAUCAUCUGAUCAGGAAGAGCACACGCAGAGACAGCUGAAAGCUAUAUUGAACAAAUUAACACCUCAGAAUUUUGAGAAAUUAUUCUCCCAAGUCAAGGAAGUUAAAAUUGAUAACACACUUACUCUUUCUGGGGUUAUUUCACAGAUUUUUGACAAAGCUUUAAUGGAGCCAACUUUCUGCGAAAUGUAUGCUGAUUUUUGUCUCCAUCUUGCUAGCGAAUUACCUGAUUUCAUUGAAAACAAUGAAAAGAUUACUUUUAGAAGGUUACUCUUGAACAAAUGUCAAGAAGAAUUUGAAAGAGGAGAGAGAGAGCAAGCUGAAGCAAACAAAGCUGAAGAAGAAGGCGAGAUCUGUCAGACUGAAGAGGAAAGAGAGGAAAAAAGAGUUAGGGCCCGGAGGCGUAUGAUGGGAAAUAUUCGCUUAAUUGGAGAGCUGUAUAAAAAGAAGAUGUUAACAGAAAGGAUUAUGCAUGAAUGCAUCCAGAAAUUGUUGGGAUAUUAUCAGAAUCCUGAUGAAGAAGACAUUGAGUCCUUGUGCAAACUGAUGAGCACCAUAGGAGGGAUGAUAGAUCAUUCCAAAGCGAGGGAACGCAUGGAUGCUUAUUUUGACAGGAUUGCAAUGCUCUCAACAAAUGAGCAGCUGUCUGCUAGGUUGAGGUUCAUGCUGAAGGACACAAUUGACCUUAGAAAAAACAAAUGGCAGCAAAGAAGGAAGGUCGAAGGGCCGAAGAAGAUUGAGGAUGUGCAUAAGGAUGCGGCUCAGGAACGACAAGCUCAAACCGCUAGACUGGCUCGUGGUCCUGUUGUUGCUUCAAGAAGGGGACCGCCUGCUAAUUUUGGUCAGCGGGGCAUGACAAUGCUAAAUUCUCCCAAUUCUCAGGCAAAAACCAGUAUUCGUGGCCAUCCAACCCAAGCUCGAGGUUCUGGUAGUCAAGAUGUUCGGCACGAGGAUAGACCGCUGUAUGAGAGCAAAGUAAUGCCAGUUCCCCUCCCUCAAAGGACAACUAAUGAUGGUUCCAUGACCUUGGGUCCUCAAGGAGGUCUUGCAAAAGGAAUGUCUGGAAAAGGACUAGGGCUAAUGCCAAAUGCUCCUUCAGUAUCAGGUCAUACAAUGGAUAGAAAUUCAGUCACUACUACUUCAGGGGAGAGGCCAAUAUCUUCAGGUGGCAAAGUUAGAGAAUCUAUUGAAGCAAAAGCAUUCUCUGAAGAUGUUCUACGACAGAAGUCAAUAUUAGCAAUAAAGGAGUUCUACAGUGCCAGAGAUGAGGAGGAAAUUGUUUCGUGCAUCAAUGAGCUAAACUCGCCUUGUUUCUAUUCAUCCAUGGUGUCUUUGUGGGUAACAGACUCUUUCGAAAGGAAAAAUGUGGAGAGAAAUCUACUGGCCGAGCUUCUUGUGAACCUAAGCAAGACUCGACAUGCCUUAAUUAGUCCAACUCAACUGAUUGCAGGGUUUGAGUCUGUUCUCUCUUCAUUAGAGGACGCUGUGAACGAUGCUCCUAAAGCUGCAGAAUUUCUUGGUCAUAUCUUCGGUAAAAUCAUAAUUGAAAAUGUGGUUCCGUUGAAAGAGAUUGGAAGAUUGAUUCGUGAAGGUGGUGAAGAACCAGGAAGCCUGGUUGAAUUCGGGCUUGCUUCAGAGGUCCUCUUUGGUAUCUUGGACUUUAUUAAGACAGAGAAAGGUGAUUCUCUUUUAAAUGAAAUCCGCAGAGGAUCCAAUCUUCGACUGGAAGACUUCCGACCUCCAAACCCCACUCCCAAAUCAAAGAAGCUGGAUGCAUUUCUGUAAAAGAGAAGGCAUUCAAGCUUAUAGGUUCCCUAAGGUACAUUAUCUAUAAAAGCAUUUUAUUUAUUAGAUUCCUCAUAGUUAUAAGUUUUUGGCUUUCUCUUGUUUUGGGCUUAUGUUGAUAUCCAUUGAUGAAAAGCUUAUAUGAUGAUGAAAAUGCUUCAGUUCGAAGUAGAGACAGUGGAGGCCUUUGUAAUUAUGAGGAACAGUAAAAAAUAUUUUGCUAAUUUUAUAGAGAUGAUAAUUCUAUA